AUGAGCGAGGGUCGUGGUGGUGGUGGUGGUGGUGGUGGAAGUGGUGGUGGUGGAUGGCGGUGGAUCCAAUGUCAGCGUGCCAAUGUUGGCCAGGGCAAUGCUGCAACUUUUGAUGAGGACUGGGGCCGGAUGCGACGCUGCGAAAUGCUGCGCAGGUACACUACGCCUCUUUUCGGACUCGAUCUUCAUGCUGCUGCUGCUGCUGCUGCUGCAUAUGGCUGA